UGAGCUUAACUUUCCCAUAUCUCCUUUUCUAUUAUCUUCCCUCACCAAACAAACACUUUUUAUUUUCACGAUGGCGGGUCGUCUUCGUCGCUCGAUGUUUCGUCUUUCUUCCUUUAAGCGACCUUUUAUCCAUGGUGGCAGUAAUUCAAGACAAGAUUCAGGUCAAUAUGACGGUCGAUAUCCUUCAACCAGGAAAGAGUCAUCGAUGGAACCACGGGCUCGCUCACCGUCGCUUUCGCCCAAGAGAGAGUCCGUUGCUGCUUCUCCGACGUACUCUGUGAAGAAGGUUGCUUCACCGUCUCCUUCUCCAUCGUAUGGAGGUUCAAGUGGAGGAGUGAUGAGCUCACAACCGAAGGCUGUAGAUGAAGACCUUAAGGAUAAACCUACUACUCAACCCAGAUCACCUGAAACCGAGCCUAAAGCGGUGGUCGGAAAAGCCACAAAGAAAGUGACUGAUUCGGAUCGUCGCAUCGAGUCGAGCAAAACGACGAUGACAUCCCACAAGCAUGAGCCAAAUACAAUAAAGAUUGCGGGAGAAAAUCAUGGGGCAGUAAUGGAAAUCUUCGAGUUAAAAGGGGAAGAGGGAGAUAUGAUAGAGAAGAAAGAGAGAUUUAGAAGAACAUUAAACAGGAAGGCAAAGGAUCAAAACAAGGAAGGGUGCAAGGACCAGAAGGGCGAAAGCACUUAUUUGAACAGCAAUGUUCAGGGCGUCAACAAUUCUAUUCUUUACGGUGCUUCUUUGGCUCACCAUGACCCGGGUUUGCACCACGCUCUCUCCUUAAAACCAUGAGUAACCUCAUGAUUGGGGUCGGGAAAUGUAAUCACAUGGUCAAAGAUAUUUCGUACUAAAUUAUAGUUUAU